AUGGGGCCAGGUCGUGCCGGCACAUGGCCCGGGUACGUCAUGGGGCCAGGUCGUGCCGGCACAUGGCCCGGGUACGUCAUGGGGCCAGGUCGUGCCGGCACAUGGCCCGGGUACGUCAUGGGGCCAGGUCGUGCCGGCGCACGGCCCGGGUACGUCAUGGGGCCAGGUCGUGCCGGCACAUGGCCCGGGUACGUCAUGGGGCCAGGUCGUGCCGGCGCACAGCCCGGGUACGUCAUGGGGCCAGGUCGUGCCGGCACAUGGCCCGGGUACGUCAUGGGGCCAGGUCGUGCCGGCGCACGGCCCGGGUACGUCAUGGGGCUAGGUCGUGCCGGCACAUGGCCCGGGUACGUCAAGAGGCUAGGUCGUGCCGGCACAUGGCCCGGGUACGUCAAGAGGCUAGGUCGUGCCGGCACACGGCCCGGGUACGUCAUGGGGCUAGGUCGUGCCGGCACACGGCCCGGGUACGUCAAGAGGCUAGGUCGUGCCGGUACACGGCCCGGGUACGUCAUGGGGCCAGGUCGUGCCGGCGCACGGCCCGGGUACGUCAAGGGGCCAGGUCGUGCCGGCACAUGGCCCGGGUACGUCAAGGGGCCAGGUCGUGCCGGCACAUGGCCCGGGUACGUCAAGAGGCUAGGUCGUGCCGGCGCACGGCCCGGGUACGUCAAGAGGCUAGGUCGUGCCGGCGCACGGCCCGGGUACGUCAAGAGGCAAGGUCGUGCCGGCGCACGGCCGGGUACGUCAAGAGGCUAG